AUGCAACAAGGAGAAAUAGUUGAAGAAGGAGAUCAUGAUUCAUUGAUGAAAGCUCAAGGCAUAUAUUUUGAUCUUAUUAAACAACAAUAUUUACGUCAAGUUGAAGAAGAAGAAGAAGAAGAAUUACAAUUGGAACAAAAAGAAAUAACUAAGUUGAUGUCUGGUGAUGAAACAAAUAAUGAUUCAAUUGAACAAGUACAUCAUAAAAAAACAAUAGAUAGCGCUACUCAAUCUGUAAUAUCUGCUGUAUAUGGGAUGAAAAAUUCACUAGCAGGAUACAAGUGGCGCAAAAAUGAUGACGAAAACAUGAUUACAAUGAAGGAAAGAAAGAAAAGUACUACAUUAGCUAUAUUACAAAUGAACAAACCAGAAUGGCUAUUGAUUGCAAUUGGAUGUAUAGUAGCUUCAAUGAAUGGAGCCACGGAGCCGUCAUAUUGUGUUAUUCAAACAAAACUAGCAACAGUAAAUAUCUGA